CAUCCAUCCGACCUAACCGCUGCAGCGCGCGCAGCGAUCCCCGAUUUCAACUCGAUACAUAUUCGAAACAAAUACGAUUUAGAUAGUGAUUUAGUGCGACAUCGUUGUGAAUCGAUUUUUUACGAUAACUCACGUCUCCGAAAAUAACCAGUCUUCACCCAGCCGUGGUACAACCACGACUGCCCGCGAAUUUGACCCGCUGCGCCUUAUAUACCCCAGUGUAGAGGGAUGGCGUCCGUGCGCACGCGCUCCGCAUCCCCUAAGACUGUGUCGUUCUCACCCGUUCUAGAACGUAAAUACAGUGCCGAUAGGGGACCCUCGAAUCCGCCGGAGCUGACCUCCACAGAUUGGAGGAACUACUUCACGGACUUCAGUGCAUACCUUGAUGCCCUACUCGCUGAUCUCCAGAACUCUAUCAGUAACUCUGGCGGUCGAGUGGGCAGUCCGGGAGGUCGUACUGGAUCACCAGGAGGGCGUACUGCUUCCCCUGGCAGGACUAGUUCACCAGGCGGCAGGAGCUCCCCAGGACGAUUGAGUUCGCCAGGCGGCAGCCUCAGUUCACCAACUUCCACCGGAUAUGGAUCUAUUAAUGGAUCGAGGAAUAUCAGCUCAGAUUAUAUUAAGCCUUCUUCACCCACCUAUCAAAAUGCAAGUGCAGUCCACGAAAAGGUGAUCCCAGUGAAGUAUACCGGCUCACAGUCCAGUUACGGGAACCAAUCGCCCGGAUACAAUGCCGGGCAAUCACCCGGUUAUAAUACCAUACAUUCGCCCGGAUACAAUGUCGGACAGUCGCCCGGGUACGGUCGGACGACGGGCGGCCGCGGCAACAUGUCUGAGUUGGACACCUUGCUCGACGAUCUCAGUAACGCCCGAUACGGAAACUACGGAGAUAAAACGUCCCCGUAUAGUGAAAAGUCCGUGAUAGAUGGUUAUGCACGGACCAAUGGCGCCGCAAGUCCCGCCUCGUCCCGGCCGACCGUGGAUUCGCUUCUCGAUCAACUUAGCACAGACAUACCCAAUGGUCGCUCAUCAACAUCGCCAGUUCCACCAUCUUCCGGAACACUACCACGGCCGGGCACGAAACAGGUGACAGUCACCGUCCAGGAGACGGUGGUGGAGCCUGCGCAAGCGCAGCAGCAACCCCCGACGACUGUGGCGCCUAUUCGCCAUCACUACCACGCCUCCAACGCUACUAAAGAGCUCGAUGACUUGAUGGCAUCACUAUCUGAUUUCAAAGUGAGCGGCACUGGUGGAGAAGGCGGAACUCACGUAUAUCGGGAGAAACGCGCGUGGCAGGAACACUACCGCAGUAGCCCGCGGCAACCCGAAUCCGCCUCUCUCGAGCAUAUGCUCGGAUCUCUCCGGGCAGACAUGAGCCGUCAAGGAGUACAAACCCCCCAAAAGGGAUGCUGCAAUGCGUGCGAAAAGCCCAUCGUCGGACAGGUCAUCACCGCUUUGGGCCGCACUUGGCAUCCUGAGCACUUCACCUGCGCUCAUUGCAACCAGGAGUUGGGCACAAGGAACUUCUUCGAGCGCGAAGGCAGACCUUACUGUGAACCGGACUACCACAACUUGUUCUCGCCAAGAUGCGCGUACUGCAACGGCCCGAUCCUCGAUAAAUGUGUAACAGCUCUCGAGAAGACAUGGCAUACAGAGCAUUUCUUCUGCGCCCAAUGCGGUCAGCAGUUCGGCGAAGACGGAUUCCAUGAAAGAGACGGCAAGCCUUAUUGCCGUGCUGAUUACUUCGACAUGUUCGCGCCAAAAUGCGGUGGCUGCAAUAAGCCCAUCAUGGAGAAUUAUAUAUCAGCGCUCAACACACAAUGGCAUCCAGAUUGCUUCGUAUGCAAGGAAUGCCGGGAGCCAUUCCACGGUGGUUCAUUCUUCGAGCACGAAGGGCAGCCCUAUUGCGAAACCCACUAUCACGGCAAGCGCGGCUCUCUCUGCGCCGGUUGUCACAAACCAAUCGCGGGCCGGUGCAUCACAGCCAUGUUCAGGAAGUUCCAUCCAGAACAUUUUGUAUGCGCAUUUUGUCUCAAACAACUUAAUAAAGGGACAUUCAAGGAACAAAACGACAAACCAUACUGCCACAUUUGCUUUGACAAGCUGUUCGGAUAAAACUUUCAGUAAUGUGUUGAUUUGACACGAGAUGGCGCUAUUUGACAAACAAUCGAUCGAUUGAUAAAUAUCGAAAUAUUGACUAAAUAUUUAAUUAUAGACUACACAAAUUAUUAUUAUCUAGAACCCCAUUUUGAAUUUUUUUAUCGUUUAAAGACAACCUGAAUUGUCAUUGUUUAAAAAUAACGCAGUACAUUUUAUAAAAAUGACAGACGUCUAAUAAACCUAUUUUAACUAAUAAAUUCUUUGAAAGAAAUUGACUAAAGAGUUAGUUAAAAUUGGUUUAUAAGAGGUUUUUUUAUGAAUAAAGUAAUUACUAGCAGUAUACUUUAUCAAUUUAAUACACAUAAAAGGUGACACAAAUUUAAAAUACAAUUAGCAGUUGUCAUGUUUAUUUUAGUACUGAUAUGAUAAAUCAAUUUAUUUUAUCAGUUAUAUCUGUUCACGUUGUCUUUGUUACGUGAUGCUUCGUUACUUGUUAUCAACCAUGUAAUCACAGUCGUGUCUACUGUAUCUGUAAUUACUUGUAAGUAAUAACGAUAUUAUUACUUAGAAACUAUAAUUAUUACAGGUCGCGUUAUCAUUUAAGUUACUUUUUAUUACAUACUCCGCACGUUAUAGCGUGAAAUGACAGGGACACCAAUGAAAUUAAAUAAAAUAUCAUUUAUUCAUGUAGAUUUAUUUUUAUUGUUUUUUAAUAAACAAGACAUUCACUAUGUUUACAAUAAUUAUUAUUCCAAGAACCCGAUAUCGGGAACUCAAUAAAAAUAAAUAAAACGU